UGGUUUCAAUUAUUUUAUUUCCUGGAAACUUCGCUAAAUCUUCCCCUUCCCCUUCCCCUAAAGUCAGAUCACAAUUUCGUAGAUUUGAGUUGAUCAUUCUUCCAACACAAAUAAAAAAAAUCAAAAUUCUUCCUAAUAAUCUCUAUUUAACUGAAACUCCAAUCCUCACUGCAAUAAUCGAAGAAGAAAUCCAAAGAAGAAGCUAUGAGGAGAGUGUUUGGAGCGAAGAAAGACAAAGAACCACCUCCCACAGUUCAAGACGCCUCCGAUCGGAUCAAUAAGAGAGGUGACACAGUUGAGGAGAAGAUAAAUAAGCUUGAUGCUGAACUGGCUAAAUACAAAGAGCAGAUCAAGAGGACCCGAGCAGGUCCAGCGCAAGAAGCCGUCAAAGCUCGAGCCAUGAGGGUUCUCAAGCAGAAGAGAAUGUAUGAAGGUCAACGCGAUAUGCUAUACAAUCAGACGUUCAACCUAGAUCAAGUUUCAUUUGCUGCUGAGGGGAUUAAAGAUGCGCAACAAACAGUAUGUACUGGGAGUUUGCACAUGUUUUCUUCUUUCAAAAAUCUCAUUUAACUUUUUAUGACUCAUUUAAUCCGUGCUUUGGACUGUUUUUGUGAAUGUUAAAAGCAUUUAAAGUCAUAGUUUUCUGACUUCUUACCUGCACGAGGAGUAGAACAUUCCAAGGAUAAAUGCUGAAUUAUUGUGGUGUUUCUGUUUCCAAGGGCCAAAAAUGUGAUAUAUGAUUUUGAACUUCCAAAGUUUGUAAUGAACUGAGCCAUCGUCUGGAGGGACUUAAUUUUCCUUUAUUUUAUAUAAGAAGGGAUUUUAUUCA